AUGGUGCAAGAGGUGGCGGCUUCACUUGAUUUCGACGCCAUGGAACAUAAUGAUGUCGACCCGCAGACACCGUCUUUCCCUACACCAACUGGAGGGCCAACGAGCAGCCCCAUCGACACUAGCUCCCCUACCACUAUUGUUCCAAGUCCCAUCUCAACUGCCGAGUCGGGAGCCCCACUUCCUACGUCAACGGCGGCUUCCCCAACCCCCACUGCUGAAUCGGGAGCUAAAACUACUACACUGUCGCCAGCUGAACCUCAGCCUUCUCCUCGGCCGGCACCACAUCAUAGCACGAGGGUCACUCAACCUCCACUUCGCCUUUGA